AUGAAUCAAAUUUCUAAGCAUCACGCAGAUGCCCAGCUGCUCCACGCGAAUGAUAAGGAAACGGUGUACAUAGCUCGGCGUCUCGUAGAUGAUACUUUUGUACUUGUGAAAGAUAUUGACCUGCACGAGUUGGACUCUGUCGAUAGAACUGAAAUUCUUGCGUUUUACGACAGGUUUUCAUCUCUUGACACAGAAUCGGUUGUAAAAAUACAUAGGAUCUGGCCAAGAAAAGAGGAUAGACUUCUUGUUGAAACAGAGUAUCUCCAGGGUGAGAACCUCUCAGCAUUGUUAGAUAGGCAUAUUAAGCAGCAAAAUCCAGUGGAGGAGGAGGAAAUUUGGAGCAUAGCUAGGUCCGUGGCGGAUGCUUUGGCACAUCUUCAUUCGAAAUUCAAUCCCAUGGGGCCACUAGUUUACAAGGCCCUUAGGCCAGAAAACAUCCUUAUCGCAGGUAUUGGUGUUUACAAAUUGUGCGACUGCUGGUGUGGUGGCAUAUCUAUGAGUGCUACAAUAGAUGAGACUAAUCAAGAUUGGAUAUAUUCAGCCGGCAAUUUGUAUAGAGCUCCAGAGCAGAUGAGUUCAAAGACCCAUACCACCAAGACAGACAUCUGGUCGUUUGGCUCUCUACUAUUACAUCUCUGCAAACCAGACCUACUUAUCAAUCAACAAAACGAAUCUUUAGAUUUUCAACACGUCAAUCUUUCGGAGUACUCUAUAAACCUGACUAAUAUGAUAGGUAAGUGCUUACUCUCUGACCCACAGAGCCGGCCUUCUGCAGCUGAGCUGCUUCUGCAUAUUCAAUAUCUUUGCCAAAAUAAUACGAUAUGCACGAGAGAGUCUGCAAUCUCCAACAAAUCGAUAUCUGCACCUCUUCAGAUAAGCUUUGGACGCUACAACGAUUGGAAAACACCAGGAAAUCUGGUCCAGGUGAUGCCGCGCAUGGGAAUAGAGGUUGAUGCUCCUACCCCACUAAUGUUAGCAGCAGAGAAAGGAAAUGUAGAUCAACUGACAGAGUAUAUAUCUGAAGCGGGCAAAACAGAUUGGCAAGGCACCGCUCUCAUCAAAGCUGCACGCAAAGGACAUGUGGAGUGUGUUUCAGCUUUGCUCUCAGAGUUGGGCAUCCAAAGCAGACGAGGCUGGACAGCACUUCAGGAUGCAGCAUAUUCUGGCCAGAAGGCAUGCAUUCCUCUGCUCAUGCUUGAGGCGUGCAUCCAGAGGCCAGACGGGCAUACGGCACUAAUGGGAGCAGCUAGAAAUGGACACCAAGACUGCGUGAAGCUCUUACGGAAUAGGGAAAUGCGGAUGACUACAACAUCCGGUCGCACGGCGUUAAUGUACGCAGCGGAGAACAACCAUCCACAAUGUGUCAGACUUCUUUUGGAUGAGGCAGGAAUGCAGGAUAUCUCAGGGAACACAGCACUUAUUCUCGCCACUCUAGAGGGGAAUGUAGAAUGCGUUGCACUCUUGGCCAUGUACGAGGCAAUCCUUUCUAAUGCUGAAGGAGAGACGGCCCUACAAUUGCUGGAGAAAAGAUUGAAAUGUUCUCGGACGCCUCUUUCAGAGAAGUUUAGUAUGUGCAUAGAUAAGCUUUUGCUAAAGGGGAGCUAUAGCUAA